AUGUUCCAACUUGGGAGCCUUGUUGUCUUGUGUGGCCUGAUCUUUGGCACCACAGAAUCACUUUUGGGCAAUCUUGGCAGUGCUGUGAAUAAUUUGAACAUUCUGGGUUCUGCGCCAGAGACGAUUCUGAAUUCUGCCUCUGGAGCUGUCCCUGAGAACCUGAACCUGGAUGUGGAGUCACUUCAGAAAACCACCAGCUGGCCAUCUGCCAAGGACAACAUUCUGGGAGCUUUGAAUGGGCUGGACUUUAGCAAAUUAAAUCUCAUUUCAUCUCGGAAUAACUUAUGGUUGCGAAUCGAUGAACUCAAAAUCCUGGACUUGCAAGCUAGCCCAUCUCCUGAUGGCCAAGGCAUCAACCUGAAGCUGCCUGUGUCCUUGAAAGCUGCCGUUCAUCUGCCUUUAAUUGGCCCCGUGGUUGAUAUUGCUGCUUCCUUGGACCUCAUUUCUUCACUCACUGUUCAAAUCAAUCCUCAGACCGGCCUUCCCAUGGUGACCACAGGGAAAUGCUCUAGGGGUACAGACAAAAUCUCCAUUUCCUUGUUGGGCAGACGAAUUCCCUUUAUCAACACCAUUCUGGAUGGUGCAACUAACCUCCUUACAGACAUGAUGUCAUCCCUGCUUCAGAAUCAAAUAUGUCCACUGCUCCAGCACAUCCUCAGCCACCUGAAUGCAAAUAUUCUUCAGGGCCUCAUCUCUAAUCUGACAGGACAGUUACCAGUAGCCAUCUGA